CACUGUUUCCACACAAAAUACCUUCUGUUUUUGGAAAGAUGCCCAUGUGUGUCUUCCAGGUUGAACAUUCCACCCUUUGUGCCUGCCCGGACUGUGCUGGAAGGCCUCGAGUCAGAGGAUGCGUGUGAAGACAAGAAAGCUGUAAAAAAGGAGAUCCAUAGCAAAAAGGGAGCCAAAAAGGACAAAAUGGAAGAGGAGAAUACAGACCUGCUCAGACUUUGCCACACAGUACCGCUGGAGGUGGUGAACUUAGGUGGGAAAGGUUACGAUCCAGAGAAGAAAGACUACUCAGGUUUUGAGGCCUGGUUGCAGUGUUACUAUGUGGAUGGAAUGAAGUCUGUACGCGACCACAAUGGCAGGACUAUGUGGUUCAAAGGCGAUCCAGGUCCUAUGGCUCCUAAAGAAUCAAAGUCUCCAAAGGCCAAAAAGAGAAAAGAUACAGAUGCAGACCAUGAUUACCCCCGCAAGAAAAAGGUGUCCAGGAAACACAACUCUGACAGCACAGUGAAGAAAAAAGCAGCCAAAAAGCCCACAAAAGCAGCAAAGGAAGAAGAAAAUGGACCUCAAGAAGAAGCCACACCCAGAAGAAGAUCAGCAAACACACCUCAGCAAGAACCGAAAUCCACGUCAGGCAGGAGGAAAAAGAACAAUACAGAGCCAGCUGCAGGUCUGAUUCUAAUAAUACUCCCAUUUUCUGAAAAUAUUAAGAGCCUGAUCUUUGAGGAUCCAAUUCCCACACACUUAUCUGUGUGCGCAAACUAUAAAAUUGCAUGUACUGUUGGUGGACGUGUUGUAUGUGAUCUACUUUGUGCAAUUGAUAGCAGCAAAAGUGGCACAGAUCACCCUAUUUUUGUGUACUAGAAGCAUUAUGUGCCCUUGGAAACACUUCUUUCCCUCUACAUUCAUGUUAUUAUGCUCUCCACACUGGAGGGGGGCUUAUAUUACAUUAUAGCACAUAUCGAUCAUCUAACACCUUUUCUGCAAUAUAGAAUCACAGUAUGUAUACUAUUUGCAGCAGGAAUGAUCAAACUGCAUAUUGCAAGACAUUUUUUUUAGGAGUUAUACUAAAUACAAAAAAAAAAAACGCAACGCUUUUGUUCUUGUUCCCAAUUUAAAUGAACUCAAAGAUCGAAAACUUUGACUAUAAACACAAAAUACCUGUUCCUCUCAAAUAUGGUUCACAAAUCUGUAUACAUUUGUUAGUGAGCAUUUUUUCUUUGCCAAGAUAAUCCAUCCCACCUGACAGGUGUGCCUUGAGCUGUCCAAAAUAAAAGGCCACUGUGAAAUGUGCAGUUUUAUCACACAACACAAUGCUUCAGAUGUCGCAAGUUUUGAGGGAGCGUGCAGUAGGCAUGCUGACUGCAGCAAUGUCCACCAGAGCUGUUGCCCGUCAAUUAAAUGUUUAUUUCUCCGCCAUAAGAAUAGAAUAGAAUAGAAAGUACUUUAUUGAUCCCUGGGGGAAAUUCAGCACCACAGUUCGCUCACAAUAAACAAUGAUAAUAAUAAAUAAUAUAAUAUAUAUGAAUAAUAUCAAUAUAUUCUACAUUUAAGUGCAGUCAAGGAACAUAUGCAUUAUACAGUCUGAUGGCUGUCGGUGUGAAGGACCUCCUGUGUCGUUCCGUGUUGCAUUUUGGGAGUCUGAGCCUUCCACUGAAGGUGCUCAUUCUCUCUGCAAGGUCCGAGUGUAGUGGGUGGGAGGUGUUGUCCAUAAUGGCUAGGAGUUUUGCUAGACUUCUCCUCUCUGACACCACCGCCAGAGAGUCCAGCUCCACUCCCAUCUUGUUACUGGCCUUCUCUACCAACUUGUCCAGUCUGUAUGUGUCCCUCACUCUCAGCCCGCUGCCCCAGCAGGCCACGGCGUACAAGAGGGCGCCUGCCACCAGCGACUCGUAGAACAUCUUCAACAUCUUUGUACAGACGUUGAAGGAUCCUAGCCUCCAAAGGAAAUAUAGAUUCGGCUCUGUCCCUUCUUGUAGAGGGCCUCAGCGUGUUUUGACCCAUUCAGCUUGUUGUCCAUGUGUACUCCGAGGUAUUUAUAAUCCUCUACCAUGUCCACAUCCACCCCCUUGAUGGAAAGAGGGGUCGCCAGAGUACUCCUCCUCCUUCCCAGGUCCACAACCAGCUCCUUGGUCUCCGUAACAUUGAGCUGGAGGUGGUUCUUUCCACACCAUGUGACAAAGUCCUCCACCAGUGUCCUGUAUUCCUUGUCAUCACCUUCCUCAAUACACCCCACUAUCGCAGACUCAUCAGAAAACUUCUGAAGGUGGCAGGACUCUGAUUGAUAGUGGAAAUGGGUGGUGUAAAUGGUGUAGAGGAAGGGGGAAGAGUACUGUAGCCUCCGGGGCCCCGGUGUUGCUGACCAGCCUGUCAGACACACAGUCCUGCAGUGGCAUAUACUGUGGUCUGUCAGUCAGGUAAUCUACAACCCAGGACACCAAGGGGGCCUCCACCUGCAUCUUCUCCAACUUCACACCCAAUAGCCCAGGCCGUUUAGUAUAAGCCGCCUCCAAAGGUGUUUCAGAGAAUUUGGCAAUACAUCCAACUGGCCUCACAGCCGCAGACCAUAUUGAUUGGCUGAGACCUGCCACCCGGACAGCUGCUACAACAAUUGGUUUGCUUAACCAUAGCAUUUCUGCACAAACUGUAAGAAACUACCAUGAAUUGAUUAACGUGGACCCCGACUUAAACAAGUUGAAAAACAUAUUGGGGUGUUACCAAUUAGUGGUCAAUUGUACGGAAUAUGUACUGAACUGUGCAAUCUACUAAUAAAAGUAUCAAUCAAUCAAUCUGUCUCAAGAAAGCUCAUCUGCAUGCCCGUGGUCCUCAUCGGGGUCUCGACCUAACUGCAGUUUGUCUUCUUAACCAACUUGAGUGGGCAAAUGCUCACACUCAAUGGCGUCUGGCACAAUACAGAGGUUUUGGUAUGUUAUUAUUGACAGCGAAACCACGUGCAUUUUAUUGAUGGCAUUUUCCAUGCGCAGAGAUACCGUCACGAGACCCUGAGCCCCAUUGUUGUACUAAUCACCCGAGGCCAUCACCUUUAUAAAUAACAUUUACUAACUCAUGUUGCAAGGAUCUGGAAGCUAAAAACAUCCCAGUUCUUGCAUGACCAGCAUACUCACCGGACAUGUCACCCAGUAAGUAAUUUUUGAGAGGAAUAUAUAUUUUCUGUAUAGUAAAAGUUUCAGAUCUUUAAGUUCAAUUCAUGAUAAAUGGGAGCAAAAACAAAAGUGUUGCGUUUAUAUAUUUGUUCAAUACCAUAUUUUUCGGAGUAUAAGUCGCACCUGCCGAAAAUGCAUAAUAAAGAAGGAAAAAAAACAUACAAGUCGCACUGGAGUAUAAGUCGCAUUUUUGGGGGGAAAUUUAUUUGAUAAAAGCCAACACCGAGAAUAGACAUUUGAAAGGCAAUUUAAAAUAAAUCAAGAAUAGUGAAGAACAGGCUGAAUAAGUGUAGGUUAUAUGAGGCAUAAAUAAGCAACUGCUAUGUUAAGCUAACAUAUUAUGGUAAGAGUCAUUCAAAUAACUAGAACAUAUAGAACAUGAUAUACCUUUAACAAACUAUCUCUCACUCCUAAUCCAUAAAUCCCAUGAAAUCUUAUACGUCUAGUCUCUUACGUCAAUGAGAUAAAUAAUAUUGAUAUUUUACGGUAAUGUGUUAAUAAUUUCACACAUAAGUCGCUCCUGAGUAUAAGUCGCACCCCCGGCCAAACUAUGAAAAAAAAACUGCUACUUAUAGUCCGAAAAAUACGGUGCAUAUUUUCUAAAUCAAAAAAGGAAUACCAUUAAAAAACAACAUAAAUUAAUAGACUUUGGUUUAAUCGGCCCUUGAAGUUGUCCAGCAGCUAUAAAAUGAUAUUGCUGAAUAUAUAUCUUCUUCUUUUUAUUUCUAACAGUCCAAAUAUGACAUGCACACGUAGAACAAAGGCUUCUCUGUUCAGUUGUCUUUGCAGCGUGAUGGCCUCCUUUCUCACAGCCCUGUGUGCAACUAUGUCAGUUGUCUUUGCAGCGUGAUGGCCUCCUUUCUCACAGCCCUGUGUGCAACUAUGUCAGUUGUCUUUGCAGCGUGAUGGCCUCCUUUCUCACAGCCCUGUGUGCAACUAUGCCAGUUUGCACGCAGAUUUCAGACUUUUUAAGAGGCACGAUACUGCCUGCAGGACACUUUCAGCAUUGAUAAAUCUCACUGUUCAUGUUGAGUGAUUUGUAUUUGCAUUUUCUCCUCCCAGUAUUGUGGGCAUUCUGAUAAUCAACAUAUAUUCUGCAUACAUCAUUAAGACAAAUAUGUUAAAUGGAGGGAAUAAGCGGUAGAAAAUGGAUGGAUGGGAUGGAUUGCACUCCUUAUUUUGCUCAUUAAUCGACAAAUAUUUAGAUCAGCUUUGCGUGUGCUAACAAGUUUGCAUGUGUUUUGAUACACAUAAACCUUUUGUAGAUUAUACUGUAAGUGUGGUAAACUUACUUUUUGUUGCAGGCUUCAAGACACGUAGCGGGAGACUGACAAGACAGAAUGUCAAGUAAAGGACAUCUAUUGGAAAAUACUGUUUUUAUUCCAUGAUACAUAUUUUUAAUAAACAUUCCACACGUUUA